AUGGCGGAUGUAGAAGACUCCUCGUCAUCAGCGACGCCGGACCCAAACCUGGCGCGGAACGUGCGGGAGAAGGUGGCGCAAGGCGAGCACAUGGAGUUGGUGGACGCAGCCAUGGCGGUGGCUGUUGACGAUGAAGAGGCAGUGAAGACGGUGGUGAAGGUGGCGCUCUGCUGCAUCCAGCACGAGCGGGACAUGAGGCCAACUGGCCAAGCAUGCAAAAUGUGGUGGAUAUGCUCGAAGGCCGGGUCCCCGUUAAUCUCGGGCCAGAGACCCGUCGUCCAUCAUCUUCUUCUGCUGUAA